UUCUUCAACUACUUCCUUAGUGAUCAAGUUAUGUGGUCACCGUUCUGGAGUCAUGUUAGAGAAGCCUGGGAGCGGAAGGAUCACCACAACCUCCUCAUCAUCACCUAUGAGGAGCUCAAAGCUGACCUUUCUGCUGUCACCCUAAAGGUUGCCUCUUUCCUCGAAAAGAAAGUGAGUCCCACAGAUUUGACCAAACUAGUGAAACAUCUGCACUUUGACUCCAUGAAGAAAAAUCCAUCUGUCAACGCUGAGGUACAUGCCACAACUGGGUUUUGUGAUGCUAGGGAAGGAGGUUUUAUUAGGAAAGGUAAAUCAGGAGGCUGGCGGGAGUACUUUGACGAGCCCAUGAAGGUAGAGUUUGAGAAGUGGAUGAGAGAGAAAGGGAAGGGACUUGAGAAGGAAUUUAAAUGGUUGCCUUGAAAGUGUCUUCAUCAUCAGCAGUGUGUAGGGCAAUAAAGGGAGAUGCUGGUGUGUCCACUGUCAGGGAAGCAAGACGAAGCAGACAGCAGUGUUAUGGCCCUCGAGCAUGACACUGUGCAGGCGGUCAUAAUAUCUUGGAAAUACUCACAUCAGCAUACAUACAUACAUACAUACAUACAUACAUACAUACGAGUACUACAACCCCACAUGUAUGAGUAUUAGCUUCUCUUAUCAACACAUAACUACGUAUACUCACUAGUACUGCCAACACAUAACUUCACUCACUAGUACAGUUGACAACCCUUUAAACCGAAAUUCCGAAAACCGAAAAGCUCUGAAAACCGAAAAAAAAAUUGUGGGGCAAUUUUUUUUUUUUUUUUUU